UUUGUGCGACACAUGCGCAGAUGUGCCGCUGAUCUCUCAAGUGGGCUCUGCGCUACAGGCACUACAAGCUCAGUGUGCGUGUGUGUCUCUCCACAUAUAUAUAAGACGUGCUGAGGUGUGCUCGCAGUUCCAGAGAAGGUCACCAUCGCUAACUACCACUACACAUCCAUCAAGUGACUCAUCUACCAGGUGUACCCAGCAAAGGCACCUGCAGGUGAUCUCCUCUCUCUCUGCGCCACUAUCACGGAGGAAUGGCGAAUUUUGACUUCGGAGACAUCAGUGCGCAAAAAUUCCUCGAGAUUUGGAAUCGCUUUGACGCCGACAACAAUGGCUAUAUUGAAGGCAAGGAGCUUGAUGACUUCUUCAGACAUCUUGUCAAGACAUUCGGAGCAGAGAGCAACCCAACUGAUGCUCAGGUCCGGAGCCUGCGGAAUCGCUUCAUGUCAAUCUACGAUGCCACAGCUGACGGGAAGCUGGAGAUCGAGGAGUUGGCUAACAUGAUCCUGCCCGAGGAUGAAAACUUCUUGCUGCUGUUCCGUCGGCAGCUCAAGCUGGACAAUAGUGUGGAGUUCAUGAAGAUUUGGCGGAAAUACGAUUCCAAUCGGAGUGGCUUCAUCUCUGCCGUCGAGCUCAAGAAUUUUCUCAGCGACCUCCUGGCAAGACACACCAAGAAGAUUUCCGACCACAAGUUGGAGGAGUACACUGAUGCAAUGAUGAAGCUGUUCGACAGGAACAAGGAUGGACGGUUGGACCUGGGGGACAUGACCAGGAUAAUGGCUCUUCACGACACUGGGAACUUCCUGCUGUGCUUUCGCAUCGAGGACACUACUCCAGAAAUAAGGAAAAGGGAUUUUGAGAAAAUCUUCGACCAUUACGACGUGAGUGGUACUGGUGUGCUGGAAGGUGCAGAGGUUGAUGGACUGGUCAAGGACAUGGUUGAGCUCGUCAGGCCGAGUCUCAGCGGAGUGGACUUGGAUCGAUUUCGCUCGUCGCUCAUGCACCACUGCGACGUGAACCGCGACGGCAAAAUCCAGAAGUCGGAGCUGGCUCUGUGCCUCGGAGUCAUGCUUGGCGACUCCACGUGACGCGCACACCGGCCGUGCCCCGGGGGCUGCCCUCCUCACCCUCCGUGCCUCCUCUCGUCACUACCCACUGUCCCCAGCACCACCCCGACCCAACCCAAAAUAUCCCACCCUCAACUGCAUCACCCAGCAGCCACCCCCGUCUCUCAUCCACAUUACGCUCGUCUGCCACCCUUUGCAUGUCCAUCAACCCACUUAAUAAUGCAUUUAAUAUUCUCUACCUAGAUGUCAAGCUUUGCAAUUAAUGUGACAUGUCCAAGGAGCCUCCAUGUGCUGUGCCCCACCACAAACCCCCCGCAUGCAUGGGCUCACUUAUGGUGGCUACAUCUUUGUUAUUUGUGCCCUUGUUUAUUAAAAAAAACACAAGCACUGCCACACGAUGCCCCUCAAUGGCGUGGAUGGGUGGAAUCAUUUACGUGAACCCGCACUCCUUUGGCUGGCACUUUAGUAAAUUGGGAUUGAGGGUAAAUCUACGUGACUUUACCGAAAGACCCAAAGAAUGUGGGUUUGAGGGUGUUUGAAAAUUGUAAAAUUACCACCAUCUAGACGCAUAUUUGGGCAAUAAAGUCCAUUAAGCUAUACAAAACAUUACGGAAAUGAUGAACGACUCGUACAGAAAACCAUGAACAUUCAGUUGAAAUGAAAAAAAAACACUCUUUGGUUCUUUCGGUAAAGUAACAUAGGUAGAAAAAUAAAAUAGAAUAAAAAAACAAUCCUCCAAAAAUAUUUAAUUGUAGUCUGGUGGUGACCUGAAAGGUUCAUAAUUCAGGAUUCUCGUCGUCUCGAACGCCUUCAAUUGGGAAAUGAGAGAAGCAGCAGGUGCAGGGUGCUCAUGAUGUGGAAUAAUCGUUGCCUGAGAAAGAUGGACAGAUAGUAUCUAAGGAAUCGCUGAGCUCCAAGGCACCUGAACUCUGCCCUUUGCACAACAGCUCCAUGCACACUUCCAUACAAGCAACAGCUGCUGUACGUUAAGGUUUGAGUAAUCAUGUGGUUUUACAGCAACUGUUUAAAGUCAAUGGAGUUUUCAAAAAAGCCAGCGCAUUCAUAUCGUGAAAAUAUGCAUGGCCUGUUAUAAAGGAAACGGUGAUAUGAGGUCGCAGUGAGAAGCAUAUGCUCACCAAUACAGCAUUUUGAUGUGUCGCAGUAUCUCGCGAUUUUUGGUAGUCAAUUCCAGUUGCAUGCAUAAUGCAUAUAUAUUUUUUGAAUUAUUGUAUGCCGCGCUCUUGCUAUUGUGAACACACCGAAUAAAAAAUGAAUUCAUUAAAUAAACAAUGCCAAGGAGGCGCACUGU